GAUGAUGAAGAUGACGUUUAUGAAGGCUAUCAGAAGGAUGGAAAUAACGAUAAAGAUUGCCAUGACAAUGAAGAUGACAAUGACGCUGAUGUUGAUGAUGCGGAAAAAUACUGUUUACGAUGUGAUAAUGCCGACGACAAGGAAGAUGAAUGUUGCGAUGACGACGAGUUGCUGAUUGGUGAGUGUGGUACAAGAAGGUCGAGACUGACGUUCUGCUGUUGGACGCAUGUGGCAAUAGCGCAAGUAGACGGUGUCUCGUGUGGUCGCUAG